AUGGCCUAUCACUAUCACUACAACAAUAAGAAUAUUAACAUUUCGGAGGCAAUGGACCCUCAGCUGAGGUUGCUACUCGAGGUUAUCUAUGAAGCAUUUGAAAAUGGCGGGUUUACGCUCGACCGGUUGAAGGGUGGUAACGCGUCUGUAUAUACUGCCCUGUAUAACAAAGAUUACGAGAAGAUCUUCAUGCGCGAUCAGGAAGAGCUUCCUGAAUCUUACAUUGUUACAGGAAACGGAGAGGCUACGUACUCGAAUCGCUUGUCGUACUUCUUUGACCUCAAGGGACCGUCGUUCCCGCUGGAUACAGGACCAAUCUAUUGUGGCGACGCGUUCCGUAAGAUUCAGAUGGGCAAGCAUGCGGGCAAGCUUGUCCUUUCAUAUAGCGAUAGCGACGUCAUCAAGGUCGCUCCACCUCUGGUUACCACAAACUGCAUUGAGAGCGGAUAG